AUCGCCGUCGCGUUCAACCGAACUUUCAAUUUGAAAAGCAAACUCGCAGCGGGCACAACGCAUGCCGCAAAAUCGGAUAAAAAGUCUAAGAUAUCGGUCUCUGACUCGAAAUUAAAAUAAUUUCAAACAUUUUUUUUGGCCACAACACAUACAAUUUGAAACAAACAAAUAAAAAAUAAAUAAAUAUAUAAAUGGAAUGUGUAUGACUGUGAGAAUAUGUGAUUAAAUAAAAGAUCGGAGUUGAAUCGAAAAAAAUCGUAAUCUCGUGUCUCGUAUAUUGUUAUUUUUUUGCGAGUGCCAGUGCCCGGGACAAAUUAUUUUUUAUUUAAUUGUUUUUUAUGUAUUUUUUGUGAACUUUUUGGUAUUCGCGCGUCUUGUGAAAUCUUCUGGCGGCGGAAAGCGAAAGCCGCCGGUGUUCUCCUACCUGGCGUUAUAAUCACCGCCCCUAAAGCCAAGCUAAAUUUAAAAAAAAAUAAAAAAUAAGAAGAAAAAAAACCAACAGCAUCGCCGGCUUGACGCCAUCUCUUUCUUUGUUUUUAUUUUUAUUAUUUUUUUUUUGCUGCCACCGUCGGCUUUUGUUUGCGGUUUUAAAAUAUUUGCGGGCUUCAUCCGACGAUCUUUUUUCGAAAUUGGAUUCGAACUCGAUUUUGGCAUCUUAUUCGGAAACGUCAAAGGAAUUGAAAUCGGAAUCGGAAUCGCUUAGUCCUUGGAAUCCUUUGAUCCUCGCGGCGUAGAAUGCAAUCGGUGCCAUGCUGCUGAGAACUCGCCUGGACAACGGCUAGGGCUGCGGAUCAGGAGACAUGGAUUUUAGCAACAGGAUGUCACAGGAUCACUGCCCCACUGUCCGACAGCUCCUCCUUCUCCUGCUCCUGUGGCUGGCCCCAGGAUCCGCCUCAACGGGGGCAACGGGGGGUCCUCUACACGGCCUCCAUUCCGGCGAACUUAUGCCCGGCGAGGGGCAGCUGGUGGUGCCGCGUCGUGUCCACUCCGAUGGCGUCUUCAUGACCCACAAUCUGGCCUACACCCAUGAGCGGGAUCAUCGUCGGCAUCGCCAGCGACGUAGUCUCUCGGAUCAGGAUCAGGAUCAGGAUCGGGAGCCGGCAGAGCUGCACUUGCAACUCCCACUGGCCAAUGAAACGUUGCAUCUGGAACUGGUCCCACAUAGCUACUUCCUGGCACCGCAUCUCGUGGUGGAGCGACAUCGUCGGGAUCUCCGGACCCGAUCGCCCCUGCCGGCCCGUCACCUGAACUGCCACUUCCAGGGCAAGGUCAGGGGACACGAGGCCAACACCAACGUGGCCAUCUCCACCUGCUCCGGCCUGGUGGGUCACAUUCGAACCGCCAGCAAUGAGUACUUCAUCGAGCCCUCCAAGCACCACGAACCGGAUGCGGAAACCGGUCAUCCCCAUGUGGUCUUCCAGAGGGCCUCCGUGAAGCCAAAGUUCAGAAAGCGGCACAGCCGGAAGAGAGGAGGAGCGGCCUCCCCAUCCUCCUCAUCGGGGGUCAGUAACUGCGGGACCAGGGAGCCCCGCCGGCGAAUGGAGACCCGGCUGGAGUGGCAGGCCCGGGGCAAGGUGAAGAUCCAGGGUGGACGGCAGAUACGCCGGAAUCAUCACCACCAUCGGCCCCAUCCUCGCCAGCAUCGUCGGCAGCGCCACCACCGACCGCCGCACACCAAAUUCAAGUACGAGACGCAGUUCCAGGAGACGCCGCCGCCGGCGAAGGAUGAGAUGCCCCGACGACGUCGCUCCAUCAGCAGUCCCCGGCACGUGGAGACCCUGAUCGUGGCAGACGCCACAAUGUCGGCCUUCCACAAGGACCUCAACGGGUAUCUGCUGACCAUAAUGAACAUGGUCUCGGCCCUCUACAAGGACCCCAGCAUCGGUAACUCCAUUGAGAUCGUGGUCGUCCGGAUCAUCCAACUGGACGAGGAGGAGUCCCAGCAGCAGUUGAAUCUCAGCCAGAAUGCUCAGAAGAAUCUGGAUCGAUUCUGCAGCUGGCAGCACAAAUUAAACAAAAUCAGCGAAAAGGAUCCCCAUCAUCACGAUGUGGCCAUUCUGAUUACCCGGAAGAAUAUUUGUGCCAACAACUGCAUGACUCUGGGCUUGGCCAAUGUGGGUGGGAUGUGCAAGCCGAAGCAGUCCUGCAGCGUCAAUGAGGACAAUGGGAUAAUGCUCUCCCACACGAUUACCCACGAACUGGGUCAUAACUUCGGCAUGUUCCAUGACACCGCCAAGAUCGGAUGCCAUCCCCGGGUGGGGUCCAUUGUCCACAUAAUGACCCCCACCUUCGGGGCGGACACCCUGCAGGUUUGCUGGUCGAACUGCAGCCGGAAGUACAUCACCCACUUCCUGGAUCAGGGACUGGGCGAGUGCCUGGAUGAUCCGCCCACGCCGCUGGACGAGUACAACUAUCCGGAUGAGCUGCCCGGGGCCAGGUACAAUGCCCGGGGUCAGUGCCGGCUGCAGUUCAACCUGACCAACGACAGCGAGGUGGGGGCCUGCUCCGCCCCCCAUGAGUUCUGCUCGACCCUGUGGUGUCGGGUCAACGGGGAGUGCGUCACCCAUAUGCGACCCACCGCCCCGGGCACCGCCUGCGGCCGGAACAAGUGGUGUCAGAACGGCAAGUGCGUUCGCCGGGAGGAGCUGGCCGCCGUCAACGGUGGCUGGGGCAAUUGGAGCGAAUGGAGCGACUGCUCCCGGAGCUGUGGUGGCGGCGUGUCCACCCAGCAGCGUGAAUGCGACUCCCCGGUGCCCGCCAACGGCGGUGUCUUCUGCAUUGGAGAACGAAAACGGUACAAGGUGUGCCGGAAGCGCCCGUGUCCGGAGCACGAGCCCAGUUUCCGGGCCCAGCAGUGCGCCAAAUUCGAUAAUGUUAGCUACCAGGGAGCCACCUACAAGUGGUUGCCGUUCUUCGAUAAAAAUAAUCCGUGUCGCCUGUUCUGCACCGACGUGGACGACACCAUCAUUGCGAAUUGGGGCGCCACCGUACUGGACGGAACUCCCUGCACCCUGGGCACCAACAACAUGUGCAUCGACGGCAUCUGCAAGAAAGUUGGUUGCGAUUGGCUCGUCGACUCGGAGAUGCAGGACGAUCGUUGCGGUGUCUGUGGCGGUUCUGGCGAUCAGUGCCAGCCAGUGAGGGACGUCUACACGGAGCCCUUUCCGGCCUUCGCCGUCCGUGAUGGGGCCUACGUCGAGAUAGUCACUAUUCCGGCCCGGGCCCGACACAUUCUCAUCCGGGAGGAGGCCAAUUCGCCGCACUUCCUGGCCGUGGGUCGGGCGGGUCAGAACGGUCAGGACUCGGAUCGGUUCUAUCUGAAUGGGGAUAGUCUCAUCUCGAUGCCCGGGGAAUUCGAGAUUGCGGGAGCGGAGAGCUUGUACGACCGGGUCGAUGAGCAGGAGACCGUCACGAUACCUCAGCCCAUCCAGCAUUCCAUAACGUUAUACGCCAUUGUACGGGGCAAUGAGAGCAACUCCGGCAUUUUCUUCGAGUUUACCCUGCCCGCCCUGAACGUCUCCGCCGGCAGGCAGUUCCUGUGGCGUCUCAGCAACUGGACCACCUGCUCCUCCACCUGUGGAGGCGGAGUCCAGCACCGUGAGCCAGUCUGCCAGGAGAAUGGCAAAGGGCUGGGUGAUACUCUGCCGUGUUGGACGCACGCCAAGAACAAGAGACCUCUGCGGCAGACCAGGAGCUGCUCGGAUCAGCCCUGUCCGGCUCACUGGUGGCCAGGUCCCUGGCAAUUCUGUCCCGUAACCUGCCGUCCGACUGGGCCAGGCGCCCUGCCCCAACGCCGCAGAUCCGUGGUGUGUCUGGACCAGCACGACGUGGUGGUGGCGGAUACGGAAUGUAAUCUUCUGACCAAACCACCGGAACUGGAGCCCUGCGAAGCGACAUUGCCGGAGUGCCGACUUAAGGACUAGCUUAGUACUUCCCCACAUACAUAUUUAUUUCAUUUAAUGGAGCAUAUUUAUUCAGAUUUUAAGAAUUUCGAAUGUCGAUCAUCCCAGAUGUACUUAAAACUAUCAAAAAAAAAGAGAAAAAAACAAAAAGAAAUUACAUAGAACUAUAAGAUUAAUUAAUCUAGAAUUAUAGAGGGCCUAACGAUAUUUAUAUAUAUAUAUUUUAAUAGUUUUUAGUUUUAGGUUUAGUUUUUAGGAUUUAAGCAAUACAAGUUACAGAUACAACAUGAUGUGUGGGAGGAAAUCCAGUAAACAGUAUGACUUUUCAGUA